AUGCUCAGCGCAUCGGCCGCCAACAAUCAUUCGCUCUUUUCUUUCGGUCGAGAUGGAGAGACAAGUCAAUUAGGCGAAUCCACUAGCUCCUUCGACUUCUUACCCUCUGUGAGCUUCGAUGACCUCCAGAGCAGUCUCGAAUCCGCGUCCACCGAGUUCAAACUCACGCAGUUUCCUUGUCCCACCGGUGAAGGGAGCAUCCUCGAGAGCCACGGUUUGAAUGACAACAAGAUGCCCGAAAAGGCCCAAGGAGCCGGCUCCCAGAAUGGCGGCACCACUCGCCCUGCCAUUCCGGCUGCCAAUCGGCCAUCUCGAUCAGGCUCUCUUCUGCGACGGCCCAGUACGUCAAGCAGGCAGCCCAGUCUUUCAUCUGUUGCCUCCUCCUCCUCCACGACUCCAAUCGAUGCCUCAAGCGCCCCCGUCUCAUCGCGAGCUCGUCGCCAGAGUCACUAUCCACCCGUGUCCCACACCACCACCACCACCGUGACCUCAAAGCCGCCUCGCAAAUCUAUCGGUCCAGGUGUGAUAGUAGAUGGGGAAUACGGUGCCCGAAAUACUCAGAGGCGACGCCCUAGUCUGUUGUCGGAUGCCGCCUCGGGUGGCUCGACGAGAACGUCGAUGGACGGAGGCUCUAGCAGUUGGUUGGAUUCCACGCGGAACCUGACCAACUCCAGAGCGACCAAGGCAAAGUCGGUGCAACCGCCACCACGCCCCAGCCAAGCACACUUGGGCCUUGGUAACAACCUCACCCCCGAACACAAUCGCCUUUCCACCCUAGCUCCUCGAUCACCACGUGUCGGGGGGCGACUCAGCACACCGUCCUCAACUGGUAAGAGGGCAUCCAUAAUGCCUGGCAGUCAUCACUCUUCGCACGCGACUGGCCUCGGUGCAAGGACGAUAAGCCCGACAGACACCCGGAGGAUGAAGCGUCUCUCCAUUAUGCCUCAGCCACCAAGCCUGAGCCAGUCUUCGAAUGUACCUCCUCCACCACCAGUGUCCAUGGAUACCCGAGCCGAAUCAAGAUCUCCCUCCAUGAUCCCCAGGAAAGCCUCUGGCACCCCGUCCUCGUCAAGAACCACGCCGGAUAUCAGCCGAAAGUCGUACAGUUCAGGCCUCUCAGUCACCUCAUCCAUCAGCUUCAACACAGUGAGGACCUCGAUAGGCUCGACACAGCCGCGCGUCUCACAGCCUUCGUCUACAUCACGACUACCCGCACCUAAGCAUACGACUGUGCACAAUCCGAUGCCCACAGAUGAUGAGGAAGAUGUCCCACCUGUCCCCGCCAUACCCAAGGCGUACGAAUCACCGAAAGAUUCGCCGGCGGAGACUUACUUCAUGGAGAAGAAAAAGACCGCCUUGAGCAAUAUUGAUGUACUGAGCUCCAACUCCAACUCAACUGGAAGCAUCUCGAUGCCAGUCUUCCCUGAGCCCACCAAGGUCCAACGGAGGCCCAGCGCCCGAAAAAGCUCAUACGCACCGAACAAUACCCAUACGGAUACCGAGCACAAGAGCACUCCGCAGGGCAAGAGACAUCUGCAACCUCUGAGGCUUCCCCCGAUUAGUCUCGGCCCAUUGAGUACCCCUACGAUGAACAAGAUCGCUGCGCUGCAGGAACAUAGCAGCGCAGAUCGAAGCCUGAGCCCACCACCCUCCAGGCAGUUGCCAAAGACGCCAACCACUCCAAUGACGGCAUCAAAGAGCUCCUUUUUCUCAAGAAGUCGACAUGGCGAUACCCCUGAAUUGCCGUCGCUUCGGAGCAGCAGCUCUGUUCACCACACCCAUCUUUCCCCCACUCCUCCCGAUAACACCUCCUCAGAUUCGUCACUGGGAUUCAAGGAUAUCGAUCACAAGAACAGCAUCUCGCCUUUCCUGUCUUCAUCGCUGCCUAAGGGAGGAUCAGAGCACGGAUUUUUAAAGAGGUCGAAGACCGGUGGAGACUUCACAACCAUGAGUAGCAACUUUUUCGAGGAUCGGGUCCACGCCAAACCUGCAGGUCCACGGGCACCCAAAACCGACAAGCAGGUUCCCAAAUCUCCUCCCCCUGAGCCCGUCUCAGAGGAGCCUCAGACUCCUUCGUCGAUGAGCUCCAUUCGACGAAAGCUUAGCAUCUCCUGGAAGCGUACAAACUCCAAAAGCAGUAUUACGGCUCCUCAAGAUGUCAUUGAGAAGGCUGCUGCACAGCAACAAGAAAGCAUGCCUCCCCCUCGAAUCCCUGCAUCUGCGACGGCCAACAACCUGUCAAACGCUAAGCAAGCCAGCCCUACUCCUUAUGUUAAGCCUGUUGGAGGAUACCUUGAGUCCAGAAGGCGGAAGAGCUCAGCCGGAAGUCUGAACGCCCUUACAACUCACGAUAAGCCGAAGACCGAUCCCUGGGGCAAUAAAAAGCCCACGGUUGAUUCAUCUACCAUGCCAGCUACCCGAAACCCGUCGGUCAUGCAGAAAAUUCUUCGACCUAGGACCUCCUCGAGUACAACCAAGCUUCUCGACUCGGCGGCUAAUGAACUUGACAAGGAUGACAUGGCCGCAGAGGAGGAAAUGGCCAAGCUUGGAUCUCGACGAAAAGAGACAGAGAUCGCUGCCAGAACUCUGGAUGCUCUUAGAAAGAGGGCUACACCUAAGGAGCGAGUUGGACCCCACGAGGCUAUUCGCAUUGCCAUGUUGAACAUUUACGAGCGAGGCGAGAUCGUUGACUACAAUGACGUGUACUUCUGCGGAACCCAACAUGCGCACAAGGUCGUAGGUGACCUGCAGUCAGAUUCGCCCAAUUUUGGUUAUGAUGACGAGCGUGGAGACUACACCAUCGUGCCUGGAGAUCACCUCUCAUUCCGGUAUGAGAUUAUUGACAUUCUUGGAAAAGGUAGUUUUGGGCAAGUUGUUCGAUGCAUCGAUCACCGAACUGGAGGUCUCGUUGCCAUCAAAAUUAUCAGGAACAAGAAGAGAUUCCACCAGCAAGCUCUUGUCGAAGUCAAUAUCCUACAAAAGCUUCGCGAAUGGGAUCCCAAGAACAAGCAUAGCAUGGUCAACUUUACCCAAAGCUUCUACUUCCGAGGGCAUCUUUGCAUAUCUACCGAGUUGCUAGACAUGAACCUAUACGAACUUAUCAAGGCACAUGCCUUCCGAGGCUUCUCCUUGAGGAUCAUCCGGCGCUUCACCAAGCAGAUACUCAGCUCGCUCAAUCUUCUCAAACAGCACAAGGUGAUCCACUGUGAUCUGAAGCCGGAGAAUAUUCUUCUUCGCCACCCUUUGCACGCGGAGAUCAAAGUCAUCGACUUCGGCUCCAGCUGCUUUGAGAAUGAGAAGGUGUACACCUACAUCCAAUCCAGAUUCUACCGCUCUCCUGAGGUCAUUCUUGGCAUGACUUAUGGCAUGCCCAUUGACAUGUGGAGCGUCGGGUGUAUCCUAGCAGAGCUGUACACCGGUGUCCCGAUCUUCCCCGGAGAGAACGAACAAGAGCAACUGGCCUGCAUCAUGGAAGUUUUCGGACCUCCUGAAAAACACCUAAUCGAGAAGAGCACCAGGAAGAAGCUAUUCUUCGAUUCAAUGGGCAAGCCGCGCCUGACUGUGUCAUCCAAAGGCCGCAGGCGCCGUCCCUCGUCAAAGACGCUUCAGCAGGUGCUCAAAUGUGACGAUGAGGUGUUCUUGGAUUUCUUAGCACGCUGUCUGCGUUGGGAUCCAGAUCGACGACUGAAGUCUGAAGAUGCCAUUCGACACGAAUUCAUCACCGGGCAGAAGAUGCAUGUGCCGGUUCCUCGUAUGCCAGCACGCGAGUCGUCACCAAUGAAGCGACACAACACGAUAUCGGUUCCGCGCCCCCUCCCUGAACCCCCUGGAGCCAACCUUAAGACCGUGGCAUCCAUGCGAACAGGAGCUAGCCCCUACAAGCCAGUCUCGGGUGCCCACCGAAAAGUGUCAGGGGGUGCCGGAGCGAUCAACUCGGGCCCUAGUAAGCGAAGCAGCGCAGGCACCGGCGGCGGCGUCGCGAUGGGGACGAGCAGUCUCCCGCGAGCGGCCGGGAGGAGUGUGAGCGCCAAGCAGGAUCUCGCCGCCGCAGGCGCAACGGCCGCCAUGAGUCGGCGAGGCUAG